AGCUAGUUUUAACAUUUGAGAAUGAAUUAGAUUCUCACUCAAUGCAAGUCUUUCAUUACCCCCACCAGCGGUAAGGUUUGUUAGAAACUACAUUGCUGUACAUUUUGAGAAUGAAAUAGUUCUCACUCAAGCUUGGUGUUUCAAAUAUUUUCCCCGACCCGCGGUAAGAGGUAUUUGAAAUCAGCUUGUUUUAAACAUUUGGUCCUUCGAGCCGGAUAGAGAGAUCCGGGCUUGAAGAGAGAUCAUUUGAUAAUUCGAGUCGGACAGAAAAAGCCGCACUCGAAGAGAGAUCAUUUGAUAUGAUACAGAUCCGGAUAGAGGCCUGCUAUUAGAAUAUAGAGGCACCUGUAACAAAAUUUGGUCGUUAGAGCAGAAUGUGAGCUCAGACAAAUAAAAAGACCUGUAUAUAGAAGAAAUACAGGCAGGAAAGAAUCCUAUACAUGAAUUAGGCAAAAGUAAAAAAAAAUCAAUUGAAAAGAUUGUAUGUAAAACGUAUUUGCGAGAGACAAUACGCAUUAGUUAACUGUUAUUCAAAGAAUUACAGCAGCUGUGAGUCGAGGCACAGCAAGAUCAACAAGACGAUCGAAACAAAAAUCCUCAAAUUCUUUGAAGAAAAAGAACAGUUUGUUUUUUAUAAAAUUUUAAUAUAAAAAAAAAUAUGGAAGUAUACCGCAUUUGUUGUAGAGUUGGGAGACAACAACAAGCAUCCAAAGGAAUGGAUACAGGGGCAAGAGCGUAUAGCCCAACCGAAAAGGUGGCAGACCAUUUAUUGCAAGCAAUUGAAAAAAGAUCAGAAAGAAUUAUAUCUAUAAUUGCAGAGGUAAAAGCAAAUAUAUAUAUUGCUGACGAAGCUGCACUUGAAAGGUAUGAAAUUCAAUUACAACAUUUUCAAAACCUCGUGGAGCAAAAUUUGGAUGAGUUAUCAUAUAAAUACGACGAGAAAUUUAUUUAUAUUGAAACAGAGGAAUUACUGGUUGAAGUCGCUGAAAUUGUGCGAAUGUUGAAAAUGCAAAGGUAAUUAUUCAACAUUAAAUUUUCUAGCGUACCUUUUAAGGCUCCAGCUACUAGUGGUUUUGACGCUGAUACAAAGGAUAGUGUCUUUGGUCAAACCAAUACAUAUGACUCAGAUCCAGAAAUGCAAUCAAAUAAAUUUUCGAGCCUAAUUUUCAAGGCUCCAGCUAACAAAGGUAAGGUGGAAGCUAAUGGUGGAAGUACUUUUGGCACCGCUACUACAGUUGGGUCCAAGGCAUAUGACGAUGGAAAUAUGCCACUGGAGAGACUUGCCGGUAAUGAACAACCAACUAAUGACAAAUACACAUUGGAGAAAGUCACCUACCCUUAUGGUGAUAACCCAAUUACAAAGGACCUGAAAAGAAACGACGACGCAGAUGCAUUACAUGUCAAAAAAGUAGCAACACAGAAGGAAGAUGUUACUACUUCUUCAAAACGUAUCACUGUUCACAGCGAAAUUUCGUUUCCGCAUUAUAUGCUGUCAGAAAAAAUGUUCAUGAAAGAAGAACUUAUUUCAGAAAGUUCUUUAGCAGAAGAAUCUCAUGAAUUUCUUUUAUCUGAGGAAAAAACAAAUAAAUUGGUUGAAGAAGAAGAAAAAUAUACACAAGGAGUUAUUUCUGAAAGUAACCAAAUCGAAGAAAAUAUUGAAGAUAAAAAUGUCCAGCCAUACAGAAGCAAAUCGUGCAGGAGCUGGAGAAUAACAAUAACACCGAUUGUGGCAACGAUUAUUGGUGGAGAUAUUCGUGGUAAAAAGAUACCAGACAACAAUACAACAUAUAGGAGGAAAAAUAACAUGCUUGAUUCACGAAUGAAAAAGAAAUACCACUAUGUGAAAAAAUUAAUAUAUAAAAAGAUGAUAACAUUACUCAAGAAAAGAUCCAAUGCGUUGGAAAUUGAUAAGAAGACAUUACUACAAUCUACAAGGAAACGUCGAGAACAACUUGAACUUUCAAAAUACAGUCAACAGAUAUUGUUUGAAAAAAUAUGGAGACUACAUAAAACGGAAUUAUUAAACAUUACAUUAAAGGCCACUUUGGAGUUAGGAGCACGAUGCCCUGGCCGAUACAAAGGAGUUAUUCUUGCAGCUUCACAACAUUUUAACUCGCAAAAGGUAAUUGAGGCACCUGUAAAUCAACCGAUGAUGGAAGUAAACGAAGUACCCAACCCUCAAGUAAUUGUUCAACAAGAGACUUUAACUACAAGUAUAAACCACAUCAAGGAGUUACACAACAUUGUGCUUUCCUGAUUUCGUUUGUAAUUCUAUUCACUUGUUCUACUGUGCCAUGUUUAGCACGAAACCCGAAUUGGUGGGUUGGUAUUAUAUUAUUUUCGUGGAGGAAAGGAGACAUUUUUGAUAGUAAAACUUUUUCGAAUAUUUUGGAAAGACAUGGUAAGAGACUUAUUGGUCUGUAGGAAGACGGUUGUGUUAAGUCUUUUCCAGGUUUAUCUAUCAUGAUGAUCUGCGACUUUUUCCACGAAAUUGGAUAGUACCCGAAACCAAGAAUUGCAUUAAAGAGCAAAGAGAGCACUGAUAUAGCAAUAUUUGGCAACUCAAUUAACAUUUUUGGAGUAAUAUUAUCGUGUCCUGAAGACUUUUUCGGAUUUAGCUCUUUUAGGAUCUUGGUAAUUUCAUAAGUAGACGUCCUAAUAGACACGCUUGACUCGUUUGCGAUAUUGGGCAAAGUUGGCAACUUAAAAUUGUUUUUUGGACCAUUGGGUUGAAAUACCUUUUCUAGGUGAUUUGCAAAGCAAUUUGCCUUUUCCUCAUUACUACGCGCCCAAUUACCAUUCAAAUGUCUUAUAGGCAUGUUGGAAUCUACUGGUGGCUUAAAAGACUUUUGGGCUUUCCAAAGAGAGUUUUUCUUGCUUGAAUUUGGACACAGGUGCUUUAUAUAAUUUUCAGUAUUGUAUUCUUCAUCGCGUUUAAGUGCUUUUUUUAACUUACGUACAGCCGAUUUCAGUUGCCGCAGAGUUGAAGGGGAACGACUUAACUGCCAUUCACGUCUGGCUUGCCUUUUCUCAUUUACAAGCUUUUCUAUUUCAAUAUUAGAGAUGUUUCUAAAAAUCUUAACGUUUCUUUUAGGUGUUGCCAAGACAGCUGCAUUAGUUAUUACAUCAUUGAAUUCCAUUAUGCUUUCAUCAAUAUCUCUUCCUGUACUUAUUUUUAAAUCGAUAUGAAUGUGUCUACUGAUAUAUUUUCUAUAUUUCAACCAGUUAGUUUUAAAAGAUGUUAGAGAUACUUUUGGCUCAAAUAUGUUGUACACAAAUUUGAAAUUGAAAAUGGCAGGCGAAGAUAAAUCAUA